AGGCGCGCAGUGCAAAUUACCAUCAAAGGAAAUGUAGGCCGUCUAACACAGCCAUGCAUACGUGGUGCGGCUGUACAGAGAGGGUUUUGGCUGCAGGACUAAAAAUGAUAGUGCGAUCCCUGCAUGAUUAUUAAUAGGUCAACCAACUUGAGCCAGUAUCCAACGCGUUGGUUCUUGGAUUGAGUGAUAUUUUCUUAUCUUUUUAAGCCCAGUUGUUGGGAAUCCUUUUGAAUAUUCUGUGAGGUCGGUGAUCAAGUGUAUAGGGGGAUUGAGCAAUGGCUGCUUGGCUAUCGUCUAGCUACAUCGAACACUAUCUGGAAAUUAGGUUAGAUCUCCCAAAAUGCGACUACUAAUCCGUCACCAAUAUCUUUCUCUCGUCCCGGUUGCGGCUCUUUUUUUCAUAUUCGGUACUAUUUAUUCGACGCAUCGCUGGGAAAGUACCCGACAACUCAACAAAGAUCAAUGGACGCAAAGACUAGGCAAUCAGGGCACUCAACAAUCUCACAAUGGCCAAAACUACGACGAUCCCAACUGUGUCGAUUUCCCGCGCGACCGUCUCCGAGAUAUUCAAAUCGUUUUUAGGAUCGGCUCAACUCAGCCGUUUGAUCAGAUCUCGUCUCAUAUCAACAAUAUUACAAACUGUAUAUCGAAUUUGAUCGUCAUUUCGGACCGAGUAGAAGAGAUCGGGAAUGGAUUUUGGUCUCACGAUAUCAUCGCCGAUCUACCGAAAGUAUACUGGGAAGGAAUAGACAAAGACGAUGACGAAACCGAUCAAACUGCUGGGUUGAAGGCGUACGCAAAUAUAAACAAGGGCGAUAGCUCGUGGAAACAGGGGAAAUAUGCAAGUGACCGCUUGACUCAUAGACAAGGUUGGCUAUUGGAUCGGUUCAAGUUUUUGCCAAUGGUCGAAUAUGCAUACAAUGUGAAUCCUCAGGCAAAGUGGUUCUACUUCAUUGAAGCGGAUACAUAUGUUGUGUGGGACACACUGUUCCAACUUCUCGAACAGUAUGAUUCCCGACAAGCAUGGUAUAUGGGUUCCCCAUCACCGGGUCGGCAACUGCACGGCGAGACUACGUGGUUUGCCUACGGAGGCGAUGGAUUUAUACUCAGCCGGUCGGCUAUUCAGCGACUCGUAACCAAGGAUCCGGUCAAAGACGAGGAAUCGAACAACACAAAUCGGACCGAGUUAUCUCUUACGGAGAGAUGGGCGGAUAUAGUCAAAAGUGACUGCUGCGGAGACUCUGUUUUGGGUUAUGCCUUGGUCAGAAAGGGUAUACUUUUGUCUGGGCUGUAUCCUAUAUUCAAUCCUCAUCCCUUGCAUGGUAUCCCAUUCGGCCCUAGUGGGAAGCCGUACUGGUGUCAACCAGUGCUCAGUCUACACAAGACAUGGCCGGGUGAUGUGAGCGCAUUGACGCAAUUCGUGAAACAUCGUUCCAACGAGGUAUGUAAAUUCAAACCUUAAUAUAUGCCGACUUAUUUUACUACCUUAACCUAGACCGCUUGAAACCACGCGAAAACUGGCAAAACUCAGACUGGAACGGAUUCGAAGAAGGGCCCGAAUCGCCUGUUCACGAAUCCAUCGAGGCAUGUGUUGAUGGAUGUCACACUCAUAACGAAUGUUUCCAAUGGACUUAUUGGACGGAGACCUCGUGGGAAUGGAAUUCCGUUCCAAAGAAGAAAUGCACAUUUGUGCGCUCGAUACGGUUGGGAUCACGCAGAGACCGUGAAGAGUCGUGGACCACGACUGUUACUUGGACAAGUGGUUGGGAUAUAGAAAAGAUCUCCACUUGGGCAACAGAAAAUAGAUGUGAGAAACCGGAAUGGGUUGAACCGAGUUCAGAGAGGAUAUACUAGACGACGUUCACAAAAUCACACAUGGAAUCUAGGCGAAUCUAGAUACGCUUAAGACUGUGAUAUAAUUCAAAGUAUUGGCUACAAUGUUACGAAUCCGCAUAUCUAAGCAGUUCCGUAACAUGCACAACCUUGUAACCUCUUCUCUUCAACUCCGGAAGAACACUUCUCAGCAUCGGCAACGUCCAGGGUCGUCCAUCAUGACAAAUGAUGAUUCCUCCAGGUCUCGCCAUGCGAAGGAUAUGCGCGGCAUUGACUUUUGCGAACGGAAUCUGAGGAUCGUGGGGAUACACAUCACCCAAGACGAGCUUAUACCGAAGACGACUGACGAUGUUGCGCAUUCUCGUAGUGUACCAACCACUUCCUGGACGAUAAUAUCUCGGAAGCGUGUUGUUGCUAUCCAUCGGUACAGUAUUUACAGCUUCGUAGGCAUUCUGGAUGACUUUAUCAACUGCAUUGAUUUGUGACACGAGCUCGUCGUCGGGUAGCCUGCAUGCCGGUUCAUCGUACAUGCCGUGAUUACCCAGCUCAUUUCCACCACGAAUCAGUCCCUGAAGAAUCUUGUCCCGGUCAUCUUUCAGUUUCGAAACGUGCGACCCAAUAAUGAAAAAUGUGGCUGUUGCAUGGUUCGCUUCGAGUAUUUCCAGAAUCUCGGCGGUGUAGAUUGA